AUGAAAGAAUUUAUUUUUCCAAGUCUUAUAUUAUUUGGAAUAAUUUCUUUUGUAUAUCCGUUUGGUCAUUCAUUAUUACCACUAUUUUCACUUGAUCCAUCUUAUAUAAAUAUAAAUCAUGGUUCGUAUGGUUCAGCACCGAAAUAUAUUCAUGACAAACUACGUGAAUAUCAAAUGAAAGCUGAAUAUAAUCCUGAUCGGUGGUUUCGUAUAGAAAUUCAAAAUGAAAUGAAUAAAUUACGAAAUAAAUUAAGUAAAUAUGUUAAUUGUGAUCCAGAUGAUUUAGUUAUACUUGAAAAUGUAUCAGCUGGUAUAAAUUCAAUUCUUAGAUCUUUAAAAUUUCAAUCAAAUGAAACAAUUCUAUAUUAUAAUAUUGCAUAUGGUAUGGUUAAAUUAACUUUACAAUAUGUUUCAACUGAAAUAUUUACACAAGAACAAAUUAUACAAAUUGAACUUGAUCAUCAAACAAUUCAAAAUACAGAUUUAUUAUUAAAGAAAACUCAAGAAAUAUUAAAUAAACUAUCCAAUGUUAAAUUAAUUAUUUUCGAUCAUAUUAGUUCGACACCAGCUGUUCGUUUUGAUAUUGAAAAAAUGAUAAAAUUCUUUCGUAGAAAAAAUAUUUUAACAAUUGUUGAUGGCGCACAUGCUAUAGGUGGUAUUGAACUUAAUUUAAAAGAAUUAGAUCCAGAUUUUUAUGUUACAAAUACACAUAAAUGGUUAUAUACGCAUCGAAGUUCUUCAUUACUUUAUGUAAAAAAAGAUUUACAAAAAUUUAUUCAUCCAAUUAUAACAUCAUUUGGUUAUUUACAAUCAUUUCAAAAUGAAUUUUUUUGGCUUGGUACAAAAGAUUAUAGUUCGUAUUUAACUAUAUCAGAUGCAUUAGAUUUUCGUCAAACAAUUGCAAAUGAAACGGAAAUAUUUUCUUAUAAUCAUCAAUUAGCUAUUCAAGCUGGUAAUUUACUUGCACAAAUGUGGAAUAGUUCAGUAUUAAUAUCCGAUGAAAAAUAUCUUAGUACAAUGAAUAAUAUUGAAUUACCAUUCAUUAUUGAUACAUUGGAUAAAAUGAAUAUUCUAUAUCAAAAUUUAAUUAAUAAACAUAAUAUAUUUUUACCAAUGUUUGAAUUUGAUAAGAAAUUUUAUUGUCGAAUUAGUGCACAAAUAUAUAUGGAAUUAAAUGAUUAUCAAACAGUUGGACAUAUUGUUUUAAAUGCUAUUUCAAAUAUGAAAUUUGUACCAUUUUUAAAAAAGAAAAAUGAUUAUUUUCGUUUUGUUUAA